AUGAGGGUUCAAUGGUGUGUUUUUACUAAGUUGCCCUUUAACCUAGGUAUAAAAGGGCAACUUCACAACAACCCUAGCCUUCUUCCUCUCUUUUACGCGAAAUUACAAUUCGGAGCCCUAGCUUUCUUCCUCUGUUGCUGUUCUUCUCUUCCACGGUUGACGGUUCCACACUUCCACCUUCGAUUCCACCAUGCUCGAGAGAAGGAGACCCUGAAGGAGAACCCUAGCUUCUCUUCCUCUCUUCUUCUCUUCAGUCAUCGCCGUCGCAGGGUUGCCGUCGUUGGGUCGCCGUCACUGCCUCGCUGGGUCGCCGUCGCCGAGGAGCAAUCCAUUCACCGAGAAGCAGUCCUGUCACCGAGCAGCAGUCCAGUCGCCAAAAAAGACUCCAGUGGCCGUCGCAGUCCAACUCGAGCACCGAGCAGCACUCCUGUCACCAAGCCAUCUCCUGCAGAAAGCAACUCCACAAUGUCUUCUUCGGAGAAAUUGCACCAACCGGAGAAGAUGAGGAUGAGUCUGGUGUGGAUUCAGAUUAAGUAUGCUGGUUGAUUGGCUGUUUGAUUUUUAUUUGUUUUAAAGUGACUGUUGUGGUUUAAAGUGUGUUUAUUUUUGUUGUUUUGCUGGACAUUUUUAAUUGCCUUUGUUUUAUAUUUAAUUAAGUUGAAUUUGUACUGGAUUUGGAUAUGAUAUACUCUUGUUAUUCUGGUUUAUUGAAGGUUUUAAAUUUUAUUUUAUGAUA